AAAAAACGCAGUUAAAAAAGGGGGUUAUGGAGCUGGACGCCUGGUACAUGGAUGCUUCUGAGGAAGACAAGAGACGCCCGCACAGACUCAAACCAAACCAGUCUGUUUCUCUGCAGGAAUUACAAAAACUGGGAGUUUUCUACUGGAAGCUGAAUGCUAACUUAUAUGAAACUGAUCCGAAGCUGCAGCAGAUCCGCAACAACCACGGCUACUCCUACAUGGACAUCAUCACCAUUCACAAAGACACUCUCCCCAACUACGAGGAAAAGCUCAAGAUGUUCUUUGAGGAGCACUUGCACUUGGAUGAUGAGAUCCGCUACGUCCUGGACGGCCAGGGCUACUUCGACGUCAGGGACAAAGACGACCGGUGGAUCCGGAUCAGCACAAGGAAGGGGGAUCUGAUCACUCUGCCGGCCGGUAUCUACCAUCGCUUCACCCUGGACGAGACUAACUACAUUAAAGCCAUGAGGCUAUUUGUGGGCGAACCUGUGUGGAAAGCAUACAACCGACCGGCUGAUGACUUUGACAUCCGCCAGAAGUACAUAGCUUCUCUGCAGGCGUCCUGAGAGCUGCUGAAGACAUCUGAGCUACAUCUGGAUGUGCCACAGCUGUAAAGUUGAUUUUUUUUUUUCUUUUCUUUUAGUUGAAAUUUUGUCAUUAAAAUGGUUAAAAUAACAGAAAAAUCCCACUUGUGUUGUGCAGAUGUAACACGGACCUGCAGUUCCUCCAGGAAUUUGAUAAUGUGUUUGAACAUUUGUCUUUGGUUCCAUUCAUUCAUGGACAAACACUCACACCUGCUCACAUACACAUGGUUCAUUUAAAUUCACCAGUUCACCUAACCUGCAUGUCUUUGGAUGUGGGAGGAAACCAGAGCACCUGGCGGGAUCUGUCUCCGCCUUCUUUUUAACAUGGCAUGUUCUAUGAGGCAGCCUCACGUACUGGAGCCUCUGCAAAUGUUUUUGUCUCCAGACCAAAUGAACAGCCAAGAAACAUGUUGUAUCUUCUAAGUCUUACACACAAAGUAUAACACUGUUCCCGAAAUUGUAAAUUCAAUACUUUUCAGAAAAACAACCCUUUUAUGUAAUAAUGUUUAUGGCAACUUUCCUGGAUUGAACUCGCACACAGUAAUUUAGCUUCAGCAUCUUCCGGCUUCUCCCCUUUCCAUGUAGUGUACAGUCAGCCUUCUGCUUUUCCCUCUGUUAGGCCCCACUCUUCUGUUCCCUCAGCUCUCAGCCUCAUCCUCCGUUGCCAACAAACCUGGGAGUAGGCCAGAAAAGCUUUGUUAUGCUCUUCGUUGUCCUACAAGGCCACCACUAAUUGGAAGAGGGCCACCGCACCACUGUAUUCCCCCAGAUAAAACGUUUGGCUUGCCACACGCCACCUUGCGCUCAGAGGACAGCCCAGGAAAUUGGCUCCCAGGUUCAUUGGUCCUUUUCCAGUGUCCAAAAUUAUUAAUUAACCCUGUUUCUGUUUGUCUCCGUCUCCUCAGGUCCAUGCACGUUCAUCCCACUUUCCAUGUCAGUCAUCUCAAACCCAUCCGUCCUAGUGUUUUGACCAAUUUGUAACAUCUGACACUGCACAGUGAUUGCACACCACACACACACACACACACACACACACAAAGUGUGGAGUUUCACCUAAACUGUUCCUGGAUGAAUGAAACUCCUCCAGCGGGGCACAGGGCACCCAGGCUGGCAUGCACCCAGCUGGGAGUGAGCCCUCUUUGUCCUCGGUGGUCGGUGGGGCUGUGCGAGUGAAAGCUGGAAGUCUGGAGGGGGGCUAGACAUGUCUCAUUUUAGUGGGAUCCCCAUGCCCCUCUCUGGACAUUCAUCCAGGAGCACCUUAGGGGAAAAUCCACACUUUGUGUUUGAUUCCAGUGUGUUAUCGGCUAACCUCAGCCCGCUUCUUUACUGAGGGACUGGAAGUACGUAUAUAAAACAGUUUAGCCACCGAUCUUUUCUCAUAAUUACGAGAUCCUGAUCUCGUAAUUAUGAGAUCAGCAGUCAAAUUUUUUUUUUUUUAUCCAGUCAAUGUAAUACGCUUCGGUACAAACAAACAAAAGCAGGAAACAAAAACACACAUGGGAAAUAAGUGACGUAGGAGUGACUAAACUAAAUACAAAAGAACGGUGAUCAAGAAAUAAAAGGACACUAAAAGGUGAGUGCAGCAGGAACCUCAAAUAAAGCAAUAUAAAAGUGAUAAGUGCAGCAUAAAUGAGAAUAACUAAGAAAGUACUAACAGGGAUCAAACUGAAAUAACAAUCAGCACAAAAUAAAAGACAAACCACAAUCCAGAAUCACGAGAAAUCAUAAGUGGAUAACAAAACUAAUAACUGACUGAAAGAUUUAAACCACAGACACAAAAUCAGAUUAACAGAACAGAGUGCAAUCAAAAACUACACAUGAGGGGCAGAACAUCUAAUAGACAGCGGGGAAAGACAGAACCAGAGGUGAAGAGAGGUGGUUUCACCAGCCCACACAUGCAGGAGCCUGCACACAGGUACAGAAUGUCAGGACGCCAGGACACACCCUCGCUCGCAUGACACAGAGCCAUUCGCGUCUGUCACACACCCACAGGUGCAGGACGCACGCGUGACACAGAGCCACACACCCACACAAGCAGAAAAUAAAGACAGAAGGAAAAAAACACACCCCACAAUGAUCCCAAACUCAAAAAUACAGCCAAACGGGCUGAUUAGCAGAACCCCAACACAGGCGAUACAAGUCCACCCUUAUAAGCAAAUAUUUUUAAAUCAGAAAACUAAAUUUAAGUGUUUCUUAGUUCACAUCUAAUAAAUGUUUGGAGUUUAAUGAUAAAUAUCUGCCCAUAUUUCUGUUUAUUUAAUCUAUGUGGAUGAAACCUCUUGUUCAAAAAUAAUAGUGUGUUUAUAAAAAGUGAGUAAAGCUCAAAAUCCUCAAAAUAGUUUUGUUUGUGAAGACUGCACAUUGUACUCCAAAUCACAACAUGAAGAAAGAUUUAUCAAAUUUAUUACUUUACAGAAAGUGAAGAAAAAGGAAUAUUAGGCUCUUUGGAAAAAUAGUCUACCUUUUUAUUCACAAACUCAAACAUUUACUGUAUAAACUAAAAAAAAUGAUUGUAGAUUUAUCUUUCCUGUGAAUCGCUAAACUAAUAUUUAGUUGUAAACACUGUUUCUGUGAACUGCUUCACAUCUAUGUUACAUGGAUUUGACCAUCUUCUGAUACCUGUUAAGAUAUUCCACUCCUGGAGGACUGGACCACAUUCCACAAUUCCUCCAUUUCUUGGUUUUCCUCCAGAAACAGCAUUUUUUUUUAUGUCCCUCCUGUCCUGUGUACCAACAGCAUUUCUUGUGUAUUCGUCCAUGAAUUGUUCUGCAACUUAUGUUUGUAGCAUGGCCCAAGCAGAGGG